AUGCUACCUACAAGGCCAAACAUUGCUAGCCUUAUUGUAUUAUUCCUGCUAAGCGAGUGUCUGCUGGCAGCCCCUAUAAUCCAUCCUAUCACAGUGCUCACGGUUAUUUGGGAUCCAGGCGCAAAUUCCAUUGCAUAUAAAGAAGCGGCCGCGAAGAUCGAUCCUGAAGAGGUCUUGGGCCAUAUGCCGAAGUCAAAGGACCAUUAA